UGCCAUCUGUAGGUGAAGUUUGUCCAAUAUCAGCACAUGUUGGAGCAGUGAUUUGCCAUCCUUGCGAUCGUUCAUACAAUUUUCAUCAAUAUGCCUAAAAAGGGACAGAAAUACGUAAAAAAACGAAAAGGAUUCAAUGGAAUCCCGUGGCAAGACAUCAAAAAGGCCAGGAAAGAGGAAAACCAAGAUCCACCACCCCAGACAGCUUCAGAAAGGAAGCUAAAGUUAAAUAACUCUCCUGCUGCACUAAAUUCCAAGCCCGGUCCCACUCAUACCAAUCCGCGUCAGGCUUUGGAGGGGAAUUAUAUCAUCAGUGGACCUCUUCUGGCAGCUGCCCUUCAAAAGGCUCAUGUGUGUCCAGGAGGAUACCUCAUCCCUCUCGAAGACGAGACUAAGCGACGUGGGCUGAAUACCAACAUCGUUCUCCGGUGUUCUGAGUGUGGUGCCGAGUUCUCGUUCAUGACUUCAGAAAAUGUCUUUAAAGGCCAUCGAGCUGGCAAAAGUGCCAGUAUUAAUAGGAAGGCAGUCCUGGCAGCAUCUGAAGUUGGACUGGGGAGAGUGGGCUUGGCGGAUCUCUCCAGCAUCAUGGGACUGGCACCACCACCUGAACAGCGGAGCUAUCAGCGGCACUUGAAAUGUGUGGCAACAGCUUCUGAUCAGGCAUCUGAGGAGCAAAUGAAGGAGGCUGCGAAGCGCCUGAGGGACAAGGCCAGAGAAGAAGACCCCUCAAUUGGACCCGAGGAUAUUGUGGAUGUGGCAGUUUCAUAUGACGGUACAUGGCAUAAGCGUGGGCACACGUCGAAUCAUGGGGUGGGGGUGGUGAUAUCAUUAGAUACUGGGGAGGUUUUGGAUCGGGAGGUUUUAUCAAAAGUAUGUAAGGAAUGUAAUGCACGGAAGGGAUGGGAUAGGGAGGGGGAUAGGUAUAAGAAGUGGAAGAGUGAGCAUGAGUGUUAUGGGGGUCAUAGUGGGUCUAGUGGGGCUAUGGAAGCAGCAGGAGCUAAAAUAUUAUGGAGUAGGGCAGUAACUAAACAUAAAUUAAGAUAUAAAUACAUGUUAGGUGAUGGGGAUAGUAGUGCUUUUAAGGGUGUAGAGGAGAUCUAUGGGGAUGGGCAUAAGGUACAUAAGAUAGAGUGUGUAGGGCAUGUAGGGAAACGUAUGUAUAAGGCAUUAGAUAAGUAUCGUAAGGAUAAAUCAGGUAAAUUGUUAAGUGAUGGUAAGAGGGUGGGGCAUACUAAGGGCAGACUAAGGGGAACAUCAGAUACGCUAUCAAUAGGAAGAUUAAGUAAAUUAUAUAGGGCAACAAUACGUAGUUAUAGUAAUAAGGGGGCAAUAGAUAACGAACAAGAUAAGGUUAGGGCUGUAGAGAAGAUGCGCAAGGCAAUACUGGCAAUCCUGUAUCACUCAGUAAAAAUGAGAAAUAACAGGAUACGUCACCAGUACUGUCCCAAAGAUGGAUGGUGUGAGUACAAAAAGACAGGCAAACAGGUCAACAAAGAGAAUCACUUAGACAAUGUGUUUCUCAAAGAGCUGUUGCCUACAUUCACGCGACUCAGUAAUCCAGAUCUCCUUGAGAGAUGCCUCCCAGGUAUCACCCAGAACCAGAAUGAGAGCUUCAAUGCUCUCAUCUGGAAAAGGUGUCCUAAACACCUGUGGAGAGGUCCACGUGUUGUUCGCACUGCAGUCAACCUUGCAGUCCUUGCGUUCAACUGUGGCGCAGAGAAUGGUCGCAACAGAUUAUUUAGACACCUUCGACUCCCAAUGGGGGCUCGCACCAUUCAUGAAGCGCGUAAAAGGGAUUAUUGUAGAUUAAGUAAUGCUAAACAUAAAUCAAGUAAAUUAAUAAAGAAAAUUAGGGAAUUGCGUAGGAAAGCUAGGAAAACUAGAGAGCAAGAGGAGGAAGAGAGGGAUGGGGGGUCAUAUGAGACGGGUGCCUACUAAUUACAAUGGAGGUCAAUUUCGUAUACCUACAAAUUAUAUGGUGUAUCAAUGAAUCCAUUCGAAAUUGACUAAAUAAUAGCUCCAAUAAAUAUG